UCUCUCUCUCUCUCUCUCUCUCUCAGCGAUGGCGUUCCUCCGCCUGGCGUUGACGGCGUGGGCGUUGGCCGCGUCCUGGCGCCCCGCCGGCGGCCAGGACCCUGACGACCCGUCGGGCCCGUUGCCGCGGGGCUGCGGCUGGGGCCUGGGGCGGCCCUACACCCUGCUGUGCGACCUGGACGCCGUGUGGGGCGUGGCGGUGGAGUCGGCGGCGGCGGGCGGCGCCCUGGUGUCCCUCCUCCUCGCCCUGGCGCUGCUGUGCCGCCUGCGGGGCAUCGGCGAGGCCGAGAAGCGCAGCGGCGUGGGGCCCCUCCUGCUGCUGCUGCUCGGCGCGCUGGGCCUGUUCGGCCUCAGCUUCGCCUACCUCGUGGAGCGCGACGAGUCCCUGUGCGUGCUGCGCCGCGCCCUCUGGGGCUUGCUCUUCGCCGUGUGCUUCGCCUGCCUGCUGGCGCAGGGCGUGCGCCUGCGGCGGCUGGGCAGCGGCCGCCGGAGCCCGGGCGGCUGCGCCCUGACCGGCCUGGCCCUGGGCCUGAGCGCCGUGCAGGGCAUCAUCGCGGCCGAGUGGCUGCUGCUCACCGUGCUGCGGGAGGGCCGCGCCGCCUGCCAGUACCUGCCCGUUGACUUCUCGCUGGCCUGCAGCUACGUGCUGGCGCUGCUGCUGGCCGCCCUGGCCGCCGCCGCGCUGGCGCUCUGCGGAAAGGCGCGGCAGUGGCGCUGUCACGCGGCGUGGCUGCUGGUCACCUGCCUGCUGUCGCUGCUGCUGUGGGCCGCCUGGGUGGGCUUCUAUCUCUACGGCAACGCCUGGCUGGGCCGCUCCCCCGAGUGGGACGAGCCGGCACUGGCCAUCGCCCUGGUGGCCCAGGGCUGGCUGCUGCUGCUCUUCCACGCCAUCCCCGAGGCGCACCUGUGCAUGCGGCCCCCGCCCCAGCCCACCGCCCCGGACUACUUUGACACCUCGCAGACCUCCACCCGUCUGCGGGAGACCAGCUUCGACGAGGACAUCCCUCUGUCCCACCGGCAGUUCGUGGAGAACCAGGGCUACGGCUACAGCGACGAGGGCACCCCAGGGAUGCGAACGGGUGGAGGAGGAGGAGGCGGUGGCGUGGGCGGAGUCCCGGGUGUUGUGGGCGGAGUCGGCCCCGGGCUGGUCGGGGGAGCAGGAGGAGGAGGAGGAGGAGGAGGAGGAGGGGGCGGAGCCGGCAGCCACCACAACGGCAGCACGGGCGCCCGGCCCAGCGCGCCGUUCCGCAGCAACGUGUACCAGCCCACCGAGAUGACCAUGAUCCUGAACGGGGGAGCGGUGAGUACUGCACCUCAGACCCAGGUCCCUUCUGCCCCUCCAACCUACACUGGGAGGCAGCUGUGGUGAGCAUGAAGCUGAACAAGUCGAGGGAGAAAGAAAGAAGCAAAAGGAGAGAGAAACGGACAGAGGAGGAGGAGGAGGAGGAGAAGCAGGAAUGACUAGACCCUUGAGGGAUUUUCGGUUGUUACGGACUCAAUCAUGGACACCAACCAGCCCUAACCCAUCCCCCAACCCCCCCCCCCCCCCCCCCCUCACACACUGCCCCGAACCCCUUUACUUUCUGUGCUUGGUCCGCAGGAUUGACAUUUGCUGUGUGUGCCAACCGCCAGUAACUCCUGAUGUGUGUGGAGUGGGUAGAGCUAGGUCACCCUGGGGUGGGCGGGGUCAGAUCUGGGGUCGCAUCCUCUUGAGUGGCACCUGUAGUUCACCUAUAGCACACCUGUAAAACACCUUUUGGCUGCUCCACGAAAAAUAGCCAGAAAGAGAGGGUUGAAACCCUGAAACAAAUACUAAGGCCGACUUGGCUCCAAAAAGAUUAGCCUCUUCCCCCGAGACUAUCGCACUGUAAGCACUAUCGAAAACUGUGAAAUCUCUCUCUCUCUCUCUCCCUAGCACUCUCUCUCUUUCUCUCUCUCUCUCUCUCUCGAUUGCUACCACAGUGCGAGUAUCCUUUCUGGGGACCCAUGACAUGCUGGCGCAUGAAUCAGAAUAAUUUGGCUCUGUCCUCCAACCACAACUCCUGCUUGGGUACGCACAGGGCACAGCUGUGUGUGUGUGUGUGUGUGUGUGUGUGUGUGUGUGUGUGUGUGUGUGUGUGUGUGUGUGUGUGUGUGUGUGUGUGUGUGUGUGUGUGUGUGUGUGUGUGUGUGUGUGUUUCUGACUGAGAGUGAGUGCUUAUUAUGUGUUCAUACCCCCUUCAUCUCAACUUUGGACAACCGUCACACUUAGACUCUGUGCUCGGUCCAAUAUGUUAUAACCGGCAAUCAUCCUCACACACACACACACACACACACACGCCCCUCUAAACCUGACACUUCUCUCAGCGAGUACAAAAACAACAAUCAAUCACCUGCCUCUCCGAUACAUCAGUGAGGCCUGCGUCGGGACGGGGUUCUGAUUGGACGAGAGAGGUGUCAGUCAGUGGCUCUUUUGUGAAUCUAGGUCAGACUGCUGUGAGAAUAGAGGCAUGGAGCUCUCCUCUCUCUCUCCCCACCCCCACCCCCACCCCCACCCCACAUCUCCGGUGGCCAUUGGCUGUCUGGAGCAGCCCGGGGAGGCCGUCGCCUCGCAUCAGCCGACGAGCUCUGAAGGAACCAGGGUCGUCUGCACGGCGGGGCCUGCCCACAUGAGCCGAUGGGGAGGGGGGUGUGGCAGGAAGGGGAGAUCUAAUGGGGGAGAUUGGAUGAUUCUUACAGUGUCUUUGAGGGGUGGGGGGUGGGGGAGGGCUGGAGGGGGGGGGGGGAUCACAGUCAGGGUCGGCUUUAUUUGGUGCUACAUUCAUCUCCUCCUUCGCAGCGGGACGUGGAGACAUGCUGACGGGCCGUUCACUCUCACACGCAUGCACACGCACGCACACACACACACACACGCACACACACUCUGGCCGAACUUAGAGCCGCCCAUUAAGUAUGGUUGAAGGACAUCGAGACAGAGAGAGAGAGAGAGAGGGGCAGAGGGAGAGCGAGAGGCCUGGUGACUCCUUGCGGUCUCCGUUUACCGGAGCCUGAGUGGGCUCCGGUUGUACAGGGAGAGGUGGACUGAGGGCAGAUCAGAUGUGACUGUUCUUAAAGGCGAGGAAGAGGAGAAGGACAGCUGGGAGGAGUACAGUGACCGGAGGUUAGCCUCAGUGCUUCUCCUGUGACAUUGGCAGUGUGCGUGUGUGUGUUGACAAGAGCUGGUAUAGUGUCGUUUUUAUGUGUGUCAAGAGUGAGAGGAAGGUAGUGAAUGCCCUUACACGUGUGGGAUGAGAGUGAGUGAGUGUGCGUAUUCACAUGUAUGGUUCUGUGUGUGCGUAUGUGUGCGUGCGUGUGUUACUUCCUGAAGUAAAGAAGCCCCCCCCUGUCUGUUUCUACGGGGAAAACAACAGAAAGCAGAGUUCCCCGCGCCAGCGCGUCUCCGUGCCAAGAAAGACUCUGGUUUCACUAGAGUCUCCCAUUUCCCCUCCUCCCAUCCUUCCCAGUCCACUAGCUGGGUGACAGUCUGUGUACAGAACUGUGUACAGAAAGCGUGCUAUACACCUAACUGACUUUUUUUUUUUUAUUAAUGUGUAGAUUAAGUUUAGUUUUCAGCGGUGACACCAACACAACACUGUACGUCCUCACUACUGCUUUCGUUGGAUUGCUUUGCAUUCAGACAUUUUGCCUGUUCACAUUGAAUUUUCCCUUCUCUUGUGUCUUUUUCCUGAUUUGAAUUCAUUUUAUUUUGGGUAUUUUCUUGGAAAUGAUUGGACAUGAUUUUAAUUUUGACUGUGUUUAACCGUCAAGAAAAGAUGACUUGGGAGGUUCCGAUCGGGUUUUUAUUUUUGCUAAAAUAUUGUUUCACCCCAGUGCAGUCCCAUGAUGAUCCGUCGUGACUACAGUGUUCUGUCGAUGUAACAUCUAAUGUUCUUUCUUUCUUCUAUAAACCGUGAUGCUCCACAAACUCUGUGCUGCCGGCAACGGCACAGUCUGUAAUAUAAUGAGGGGAGCGAGGAGGGCCGCGAAGGUCAACGACCCUUGACCUUUACCCUAUGCUCCUACCAGUGGACCUCCACCCCUCCGAACUGGGGGACCAGGGAGGUCAUUCAGCCUACAGUAUUGUGUGUGUCAUCGAUGGGGUCCUCCACGGGGGGGGGGCUCUGCUUCGUACCCCAAUACGAGCCCGUCCCAAGCUCUCCAUUUGGGGCCGUACAGGGUCAGAACUAGGGUCUGGGGCCCGGUCUUCUCUGGGGGGCCCCCAGAACGGGUCGGGGAUCGGGGAAAUGGAAACCGGUCGGACAGAGAGGAGAUUUCCGUUUGACGGCCCAGAAAACACUGGAGGAAGGUUUAUCCAACAUAUUGUGAUGUUUUCACUCAAACGUGGAGUACACGAAAGAAGAAAAAUAAUACUACGAUACCGUGACUUUGUAGAUCUUUUGCACUCGUUGACUACCUAUCUGUGCAUGCCCAUUCACCACUUCUACAUGUGAAGCCCUUUUUCUCAGGCCAUGCUGUCGAAUACCGAUCCUAUUUAUGUCAAAAAGGCUUUGUGACUACAAUCAUAUCUUCAGUGUAUACGAGAUCACACCGUUCAAUAUAUAUCUAUAAAUGUGUGUGCGUCUUUUCCUGAACAUAAACAAAAAGGAUGCCAAGAUUUCAGAUUUGUUUUUAAAAAAAAGGAAAUGGAAUCAGGCGGCCGAGGGGAAUUGGGUUAUCGCCGGUCGGUUGACUCUCGUAGCCGGAACCGACGACUGAAGGCAGCGGAGUGGGGGGUAGAACGACGAAGAGACAAUUUUAACUUAGGCUGUGAGUGGAAAAAAACAAAAAAACAAAAACAACAACAACAUACUAUGGUGAGAUUUGUGAGAUUUGCACAACAGUUCUCUUAAGUGUUACAUUCAUCGUUCCCCGGUCCUGUUGACCUCCCUAUCCUACCUGUAGGUCUGACUAGGUUAGUCCCUGCUCCCCACCCAUGGUCAGGGAUCACCCUGCCAUCAGACUGCCCUGUAUGACAGGAGGGGGGGGGGGGGGGGUGCUGGGUGGAGGGUGCGGCAGCUGACGGAGGUGAUGCUAGUUUCCACUGCUGUGACAGUGAGUGCAGUGACACAGCAUGCCUAUGUAUAGAACUCGUUCCCCCCGGAUUAGACGAAGAAGAAAAAAAUGGUGAACUCACUUUGUUUCUGUAACUGAUCCAGGCAAAAAAAUGAAAAUAUAUAUAUAUGAAAAGUUCAAUGAAAAAGUUCAAUAAAAUUGUCAUGUUUGUAGGUAACUUUUAA